GCGUUAGCAAGGUGUAAUGUUGUAACCCUCCUGCCCCUGCCCCUGUGUGGGCGGGGUCAUAGUGACGUCAGAGGGGUCAGAGUGACCCUCGGCAGCGUCACCUGUCGCUUCCCCCGUGUCUGUGUGGGUCAGAGAGACCCCGGCAGGCCGGGGUCACAGUGACCCAACACCACCACCUGCUGGAUACUAGUAAAAGGUCCUGCCCCAAAAUUGACAUUCUCAACAUUCCGGGCAAGGGCCUGUGUCGAAUACGGCGUGUCUGCCCCACAACGGGCCCUUGGGCCCCGUGUGAGUUUGGAUAUCGAAUCUAAAAACGCCCCCCUACAAACUACUUUCCCUUGGUUGUGGAAAUUGUGCCUUUCGGGUAUGGCUGUUGUUAGACAACCUUCCCCUUGCCUCGGCGGGACAGAGUGACCACCGGCCAGCGUUACGAGUCGAUUCCCAGUGUCUGUGUGGGUUAGAGAGACCCCGGCAGCGUGUAGCAAGGUGUAUGUUGUAACCCUCCUACCCCUGUCUGGGCCGGGUCACAUUGACCCGAGCCCUGUUGUAAGCCCUGCGUUAUGAGUUGUUCCCCUCUGUUCCGGGGGCCUGGGGUCAGAGAGACCCCGGCGGCGUUAGCAAGGUGUAUGUUGUAAACCCUCCCCUCCUACCCCUGUCUGAGCCGGGUCGGAGUGACCCGGGGCCUGUGUUAGGAGUUGUUCCCCUCUGUCUGGGCCGGGUCGGAGUGACCCCGGCAGGGACCAGUUGUCCCCACCAACUCUGUGCACGACCUCGGUGCUAUCACGCGGGUAGGCCAGCCGAGCGUCCCGGAUGGGACCGAAGGGGCCAAGGGGCCGAAGGGGCGAAGGGUCGAAGGGCCGAAGGGCCGAAGGAGCAGGCAGGGCCGACCACGCGCCUCGUCCAUUCGCGUGCCUCGUCCCAUUCACGUGGCCACCGUAAGCAGGGCGUAGAGAGGCUACUAAUAUUGUCAGGAAGAAGAAGAAGAAGAAGAAGAAGAAGAGGACGACGACGAGGACGACGACGAGGAGGAACACGACCCAGCCGAGCGUGAGCCCUCCGCCUACGACAGUAAGCAGGGCGUAGAGAGCCUACUAAUAUUGUCAGGAAGAAGAAGAAGAAGAAGAAGAAGAAGAAGAACAACAACAAGAACAACAACAACAACAACAACAACAAGAAGAACAAGAUGAGGACGAUGAUGAGGACGACGACGACGAGGACGACGGCGACGAGGAAUACGACCCCGUCGAGCGUGUUGCCUCCGCCUACGACGCCUCGCAGUCCCGGUUUCAGCGCGGCUCAGGUCCUGGAACAGAUAUCCUCCAGCGUCGACCAAGAAGACGAAGAAGACUACUGCGAUUCCGAAGAGGAGGACGUUUCGGAAGAUGAAGACGGUGAGGAAUACAACCCCGAGCGCGACGCGGACGACUACGGAGACGACUCGGCCUCGCGGUCGUGCUCCUCUUCGGAGGAAGAGCCGGAGGAAGAGCCGGAGGAAGAGCCGGAGGGAGACGCGGCCGCUGCCCGAGAGGAGCGAGACAGAGAGCCAGACAGAGCCAGAGAGCCAGAGCGAGAAAGGGAGACGUUGCUGUCGAAAAACGGCAAAAUCAAAUGGUCCUCCGCGGCCUAUCGCGGCCCGGACCGACCCCGCGCCAUCCGCCCGCCCUGCCCCGCCGUGACGCCGGGCCCCACGGCCUACGCCGCGUCGCGAGCGCUCGACAUCGAGUCCGCCUUCCGGCUGUUUGUCACACCGGCGAUAGAAAGGAUCAUCGUGGACAUGACCAAUCUGCAGGGGGUGAGAAAAUACGGCGACGGCUGGCGACCCAUGGACUCCACCGACCUGCGCGCCUACGUAGGGCUGCUGAUCCUAGCCGGCGUCUACAGGUCCCGAGGCGAGGCCGCGGCCAGCCUGUGGGACGCCGAGAGCGGCAGGACCGUGUUCCGCGCCACCAUGCCGCUCAAGGCGUUUCACAAGUACUCGAGGCUGCUGCGAUUCGACGACCGCCAGUCGAGACCCGCGAGACUCGCCACCGACAGACUGGCGGCCGUGAGAGAGGUGUGGGACCUGUGGGAGGAGCGGCUGCAGGCCCUCUACAACCCGGGGCCCGAAGUGACGGUGGACGAACAACUGGUCCCGUUCAGAGGACGCUGCCCUUUCCGACAGUACAUUCCCAGCAAGCCGGCCAAAUACGGCAUCAAGUCGUGGGUGGCCUGCGACGCCAAGUCCAGCUACGCUUGGAAGAUGCAAGUGUACACCGGCAAGGCGGCCGGCGGAUGCCCCGAGAAGAACCAGGGCGCGCGCGUCGUCCUCGAUCUGACCGAGGGACUGCCGGCCGGUCACAACGUCACGUGUGACAAUUUCUUCACCUCCUACGAACUCGGGCAGCGGCUCCUCGAGAGGAACCUCACCAUGGUGGGCACGGUGCGAAAGAACAAGCCCGAGCUCCCUCCCGCGCUGCUCCAGUCCAAGGGCAGACAGGUCUCGUCCUCCAGGUUCGCCUUCACGCCCACCGCCACUCUAGUGUCCUACCUGGCAAAGAGAAAUAAGAACGUGCUGCUUCUGAGCACGCGGCACGCGGAGGCCGACGUCAGCGAUCGCCGAGACCGGAAGCCGGCCCUCAUCCUAGACUACAACUGCAACAAGGGCGGCGUGGACAACCUAGACAAGGUGGUCGGGACCUACAGCUGCAGACGGAUGACCGCCCGCUGGCCCCUGGUCAUCUUCCACAACAUCCUCGACGUGUCCUCCUACAACGCCUUUGUCAUAUGGCGAGAGAUCAACCCCGACUGGAUGCCCGGGAAGCGGAACAAGAGGAGGGUGUUCCUGGAGCAGCUCGGAAAGGCGCUCGUGAAGCCCUUGAUCCAAAGAAGGCAGCGUCUCCCCCGCACCGAAGCCGCGUCCGCACUUGUCAAAGUCAUACGGGGCGAGCGUGUAUCCGCCGAGGCUCGUCCGCAGGCCCGCGAGCGAGCCGCCGGCCCGGCCGCCGCCGCCGCCCCGGCCGCCCCGCUGGGGGCGAGUAAGAGGAAGAGGUGUCAGGUCUGCCCACCCAAGAAGGACGCCAAGACACACACAGCGUGCUGCAGGUGUAAGAAAUACAUCUGCAAAGGCUGUUCACACCCAUACUGUCACACUUGUGCCCACUGGGCCUUUAGCCAAGACGGGACAGAGUGACCCGG